AUGACUGAGCCCCUGUCGCCCUCCCAGCGCCGAACUUCGUCACUCGCAAACACAGCAACAACAAGCGUCACCUACCAACACGCGACUGCAACCCGCGCCUUCCCCCCCAAACGACCGCAGACCCUCUCCUCCAUACACAGCAUCGAGAAACUGAGACACAUCCGAUCCAAUAGCGACGCGUCAUUGCUUCGAGGAGCGCCCAAAAUCCAACCGAGUCCGGGGUCGAGCAAGUCCAGGCCGCUGACAGCAGGCGGAGCGCUUGAAUCGCACGGCACCACACGCAACGAUACAGUACAGAGCCCGUAUCCGCCGGAUGGACCGAAGAUGGCUCAAGACGAGGACGUGCGCACGUUCGACCUACCGGACUCGGAUCUGCCCCCUCUACCCCUAGACAGCGAUGGCAGUUUCCUGCUGGAGUCUAGCGAGCUGGCCCAUAGUAACAUACAGAGCGACGGGAGCGCAUUGAUGGAGCGGGAGAUGAAGCGAAAGCUGAUGGAUGUGGAGUCGAGCUUCCUUCCGGAGGUCUCUCCCGGAGCGCUGGUGGGGGGUGUUGUUGGCGCAGACGAUACCUACGUCUUUGGAGGGUCCUUAGGCGGCGCAAGGCCAGGCUCGCAGCCGAAGGAGAAAGAUGGAACUCAGAGUGUACCGAGGAGUCAGUCGGAUAGCAUGCCGCUCGAUAAUUCAGACGCCGCACCGACCCCUUCCGACGCUUACCAAACACCGGCACCGUACAAAUAUGACCAUGAAGCGCAGAGCGAAGACGGAGCCGACCGUGAGUCAAGAGUGGAGGAUGGGCAGCCACCGGCGCAGGAGCCACCAUCUUCACCCGCGGCUGCUGCUGCUGAGCGGACGUUGUCUCGAGCGAUACACGUAGUGGCAGUGAAUUCCCAUGGCCAAUCUCCUACUAAGAGUGAAACACCGCGACCCGAGUCAGCUGAUGGGGAUGCUCACUCUUCAAAUUCGCGCCCCAUCUCGCGAGCAUCAACAGUCAAAGCCUCUUCAUCCGCCCUACAGGCAGUGACUUCUUCUUCACCUCUUCCAUCUGAACAAUCACCAACGGCACAUGACAGCGCGCCUACGCCAAGAAUAUCGGGACAACCUCCUACACGUCCAGCGAAGCGCCCUAGCUACCUAAGAAACCGCCAAACUAGCCAGCGAUCCUCAACCUCGUCCUUUACAAACAGGUCAGAAAUGUCAGGAGAGAGUGAUGCGACACUGGGGGCCGACUAUGCGUUACAAACAGGCGGCGCUGCACCUAGUUCCAGUGAACGUCGUCCAACUUACGGCCUCUCACGAUUACCGAGUCUAGGCAGCAUUGCAUCAUCCGUGUCCGGAUGGAGUGAAUCGCCAUCGUUCGAACGAACAGGACUCUCCUUGCCGACAGGGUUACAACAUGAGACAACGCUUGAAACGCUUGCAGAGGAGGGAAAGCCGCGCUCCGCUUCGCCGCCUGCAACCCCACGUUUGGCGAGCUCAGUUGCGACGGGUCCGACGGAUACAAUUAUCGCGCAGCAUGUGCAAAACAUCCAGGUUCCUGACACAAUUGCAAGGGAAUAUAGGGAGAGGCACGGGCCUCGACCUUCUACGACAGAGUCAAUGGCUCUUUCCUUCCAGCAACGGAAGAACAAUCUAACCCUGAAGGAGCAAAAUAGCAAGAUAGACAAGCUAAGUAAGGAGAACUUCGAUCUGAAGCUCAAAAUCCAUUUCCUGGAUCAAGCGCUGCAGAACCGGUCUGAUGAGGGCGUCAAAGACAUGAUCAACAAGAAUGUGCAACUACAGACUGAUCUUGCCAACGAGAAAAAGGAGAACCAGUUUUUGCGGCGGACAGUGCGGGACCUGGAGCGCAAGCUCAAGGCGCAGGAGGACGGUUUGGCCGCAGCUCAAGCGACUAGCGGAUCUGAAGACCAAAAGAGUAACCACUCUUCGCGCGCUGAAGGAAUGGAGGAAGAGAUUACGUACUUACGAGAGAUGCUGCAACACUCCGAGGUGGAGAUAGAAAAGCUUCGCGAAGAGAGCCUGGCAAAGGAAGUUGAGAAGCGGCGGAUGGCUGAAUAUGUCAAGAGCAUGGGCGAUCGCAGGGGCUCAGAACCCAGCGCCGGUGCCAGCGAAGCCAUGGAUAUGCUGCGUGACCUGCUAGAGGCGGAGACGGCUCGUCGAGAGCAAGCUGAUGAGGACAACCAGAAGCUGCGGGAAGAACUGAUCCGGCUGAAGAGUGAGACCAUGUCAACGACUACCACCAACCACGUGCGGAAUAUUUUCCACAUCAGCAAGCGAAACCAGCGUACAUCGUUUACUACGAAGUCUCAGUCCGAAGGGUCUGAGCAGGCUCACGAGCGUAAUGGCGCCGUUAGCACUUCCAGCUUCACUUUCGUUGACCAACUAAAGCACGAGAAUGACGAGUUGCAGCGCAAGCUGGGCGCACAAGUGUCUAUGCUGACAACCCAACGCCGAGACAAGGAGAGACUGCAGCAGGAGAUCGAAGACCUGAAGCUCGCACAGCGGAGAGGUGACGGAGUGCGGUCAGUCGCUGGCGACAGCAUCCUCGAGCGCUCAGUAUCACGCACCCACCAACGAUCUCUCUCACGGGCUAGCGGCGCUACACGCAUCACCCAACAAACCCAGAUCAGCGACGCAGAGCGUGAGGAAUAUGAGAACAAGCAAGCCGCUCUGCGGGACGAUCUCGCGCAGACAAAGCUACUCAAUCAGCAACUGGAACAAGAGCUGAAUGCGCAUCUGGAUCUUCUCACACAAACUGAGAACGAGGUGCGAGCGCUGAAAGCCGAGAGAGAUCUGACCACAGAGGACCUGCGGGCAUUGCAAGCAGAGCGUGACGAAGCAUUACUAUCGCUGCAGGAGAAGGAAGCGGAGUACGACAAUCUGCGAGUGGAAGCAGAAGACAUCAUCGCGAAGCUCGAAAACGAGAUAGACCAGAAGGAAUCUGAACUCAACCGCAUGGGGACGGACUUAGAGAAUCGUACCGAAGACUUCACCGCCCUCCAAGCCGAGAUGAGAAAUGUCAGUGAGAGCCUGAUAGCGCUCGAGGAUGAUCGAGACGCGAGCCAACGCAAGAUCCAGAGCUUGGAGCAAGAUAUCGAAGACGCCAACCGGGAGCUCGAUGCGCUGGACAAGCGUCUGCAGGAGGCUCUAGCUAAGAACCAGCGGCUCGAGAUUCAGUCCGAGUCCAGCCAAGGCGAGAUAGCUUUCUUACGCGAGGAGCAGGAAGGCGACAAGAUCAAGAUCGGCGAACUCGAAGCUGCUCUUAAUGCUGCUCAGUCCAACGUUCAGGACGAGAAGGAGAAGCUGUACGAGCUUGAGCAGCAGUACGCGAUCGAGAAGCGGCAGCGCGAGGCGCUCGAGAGUCACGAGAAAGGUGAGGUGCAGAAGAUGCUCACUGAACUCAACAUGCAAGCACAGAAGUCGAAGGAUGAAGUUCGCCGACUGAGGAAGAACCUCUCAUCCAAAGAAGUCGAGGCAACGACAUGGAAAGACAGGCUCGAUGAUCUGGAAAACAGCCUGCGAGAGGCACUUGGCAGUCUUGACGGCACCAAAGCCGGCUUCCUCAAGGUAGAUACCGCUAACAUCCCCUCCACCAAGUACAUUAUUCUUAAGCACGUUCAGGACAUCCGCAAGCUGCAGCUUGAUCUCGACACCACUGUCCAGCAGCUCGACACUGCACGCCACGAUCUCGCCGAGAAAAACCGGUUCCUCAAGGACCGUGACACCCUCCUCGAAAACGCCGCCCUCGACACGCGCCGCCUCUCCGAACUGCUCGACAAAGAGCGCCAAGCCCGCAAACAAGACCGCCACCAACACGAGCAAUCCCUCCGCAGCCACCAAUCCACCGCCCGUACCAUCACACAGCACGAAACCCGCGUCGCAGAGCUCGAAACAGCACGCAGCCACGACCGGCGCAAACUCGCGCAGCUGGAGCAGCAGUACCGCGAUCAGCUCCUCGAGCGGCACAACCUGCUCCUCGCGCUAUGGAACCGACUGUCCACGCUCUGCGGCGCGGAGUGGGCACAGGCCAACAGCCUCGUCGCCGGCGAGCUGCCCAGCCUCGAGCUCAUCGCCAAAAACCUCCCGGGCUUCAGCAAGAACGUCAUCCUGGCCGUCAAGACGGUCGAGAGCCUCAUCGGCGGCUUCAGGCAGCGCAUCCGCGGCAUCGAGAAGGAGCUGUGGCGGGAGUACCAGAACCUGGAGCACGCGCUGGAUGUGCGCUCCAAGCGCAUGGACGCGCUCGAGAAAGCCGUCGCGAGUGGCGGCGCUGCCGCCAAACGGCCUUCCGCGAGCCGCAGCUCGUCGCGCACGUCCGAGACCUCCGAGGUAGUGAAGCUGAAGGGCGAGAACAAGCUGCUGAAAGCCGAGCUCCAGUUCCAGCGCCAGACUGCGGCACCGCGGCCGGGCAUGGAGCGCGCCGAGACGCUCCACCCAGAGAGCGCGGCCAGGAGCCCCGCUAGAGCGAGUAUAGGCCCGCAGCUCCUGCGCACGCAUUCGACAAGCGCGGUUGAGGUUUUGCAGCACCAGCACCAGCAACACCAGGGCGGAGAGCAGCAGCAACAGCUGUAUAGUGCGCCCCUCCAGCCGAGCGAGAAGCGGUGGCUCCAUCGCCUCAGGGAGCUGGAGCGGAGGCUGAAGGCGGAGAGGGAGGCGAGGCUGCUGGAUAGGAGUGGGGCGAGGAAGCGGCUGGAGGAGGGGAGGCUGGAGAACGAGGAGUUGAGGGCGCUGUUGGAGCGGGAGAGGGAGAGGCGGAGGGGGAGUUUAGCGGAGAGUGACGAGGGUGGGGUGUAG